UUGGUGUUCGAGAUAUUGGGCAUGCACGUAAGCUCUCCACGAACUGUAGCAUGUAAGUCUCUCACGGGUGCUAUGUUUCCUGUUUCAGCCUUUCGCAUAAAAGAUUAGAGCUAUCGUGCACGCAGCACAGAAUAAGCCAGCAUGCUGGUGCGUCUGGACUUUCCUUUCACCUUCACCUACCAUUCGCUUGCGACAUUGCCUAGCGCACGGCGCCUUGACAGAUGUCUUUACCGAUGAUCGUCAACUCUCCUCCCUCGAUGACAACGACACCACAAAGGGCGUCCGGACCUCCGCUACUUCUAUGCUCCACCCGCACAAUGAGUGCCCGCAAUCCACCAACCAAAGCGGCAUUCUGCUUUCUCGACCUUCCGAAGGAAUUCAGGCUGAUGGUUUACGAGUUCCUGCCGGUCGCCCGCAUCCACCGAAACAUCCACAACUUUCCCACACUGGUAGUCUUGUGGCCACUCACGAGUAUCCUGCGCAUCUGCCGAAUUGUCAAAGAGGAAGCACCCAGAAAUGUCGGCGAUACCGUUGAGCGAUACAAGCAAGCCCGUAUGACUUCGACCUUCACGUACACACCCGACCUAGACAAGAUGCCGCGAAUGAUUCUCCAGUUACAGACCUUGCUCUCUCCAAAUCAAAUUGAGAAAAACUCCGACAACAUUCCCGGUCUGCUUGAGGCAGCUAUCAAAUGGAAGGACUAUAUCUCAGAUUCCAAGAGGCGGCCGCUCCACUAUUCCAUCAGCCCCGCGCUUCCUUCGGUCAUAAAGGGCCACGCUGCAGCAUCCCAUAUCGCUGAGUGGGCCCGACAAGCAGGUCGGCUGUUGAACCGAGGAUGUAAAGGUCUCAAGGCAGUUCGAUGCGGCAAUCAUCGUUUCCGAAGUAGCGUAAUGGGAACCCAUCAAGCAACGAAAGAGUUUGUUUGAUAAAGGACUCGAGAGUACCGACUUCGUUGCUGGCAUGUAUUGUCAUGUGCUACCGGAGGACGACAACAUCUCCACUAACUUCACUGUUUUCCCCCGGAUCUUGGUUGCGUCGACUCAGAAGAUUUCGGUAUCUUUGACAGCUUGCCGUCAGAUAUUCAUCUGCAGGGAUGCUUCCCUGUUCU